AUGGAUUGGAUAAUAUCUGAUGAGUUAGGUCUCACUGUGGGACACCUUGUGGGUUGGGGAGCAGCGGGGGCUAUGAUAAUUGGAGGCAUUGCACCAUACAUACCGCAAUAUAGACAAAUAAAAAAGACACAAGAUGCAGAAGGAUUUUCAUUGUAUGUUUGUUUAACACUUCUAAUAGCUAAUACUUUGAGGAUUCUAUUCUGGUUUGGAAAACGAUAUGAAAUACCACUUUUAUUACAAAGUAUCGUAAUGAAUGUUACAAUGUUUAUUAUGAUUCAUCUAUGUGUAAAUGUGCGCAAGAAAAACCAGAUCAUUCGAGCUCGAGAGAGAAUAUUUACAGGCACAAUAUUCAUGUUAUAUAUACUAUUGUGUUGUAUAAAUGGGUCAGCUCAACCUGAUGAAACAGCCCGAUGGUUAGGGCAGCAGAGUGGUGUCACAGGAGGUGAGAAGCCCCGUCGCUUCUAUGAUAUGGAUCGAAAAUACUUCUGGGCAUGGACUGACUUUCAGAGUUAUGUAGACUGUAUGCUAGUAUUCUCAGUAUUAGGGGCAGCUAUAACUUAUUUAUUAAUCGAAGUUUCACCAUUUGUAGAAUUUAUUGGCUUCCUAGCUGUAUUUACAGAAGCAAUGCUUGGUGCACCACAAAUUAUCAAAAAUCACCAAAACAAAAGCACCGAGGGAAUGAGUGUGAGUAUGGUAAUAAUGUGGACCUGUGGUGAUGUAUUCAAGACGGCUUACUAUGUGAUAAGGGAAGCGCCAACACAAUUCUGGGUGUGCGGCGGCCUUCAAGUUAUGUUGGAUAUUGUAAUAUUAUUACAAGUAUGGUGGUUUCGACAUAAUACAGCAGCGGCUCGCCGCUUGCGUCGCGGGGACUAGCAAUGGACGGAAACAGACUUAUAGCACUCGCUCAACGCCUUCAGGGUCUAUUGGCCGCCGCUUUGCCAUAUCUUCCAUCCCUUAUGACCAGUAGACACCUAAACAAUAUACAAAAACGCCAAGAUGCUGCUUAAAAUUGUAUCUUAAGCUUUCGACAUUAUUUAGUAUAUUUAUCUGAACAUAAUGCAUGGUCAUGAUGGUUGACCAACCGCUUUGGUAGUGUUUUAAAAGGUUUUGACAUUGUAGUUUUUUUUAAUAUUACAACGGAACUCACAGAAUAAAUAUAGCUUAGCAGAACUUGUGAUAUUUGAAUUCUAUUGCUAUAAAUAGAGCGAUUUUGAGCAGCAUCUAUGUUUUAGGUGACGUUUCUGUAUAUAUACAAUAGGAUCAAAGAAUUGACAUUGUUUGGAAAGGGAAGUGACUAUGAUAUUGACAUUCGCAUGACACAUGACCAACAUAAUACUGAGCGAGUAUCGUGUACGUGCCAAAAAUGCUUAAGUGCCUCUAUUAUGACUACUAAAAAUUUCCUGAUCGAAAUGAAAUAUAUUGUUUUGAGCUUUUUAAAGCAGUACUGAUUGAAUUUUCCUAUUUAAAGUGUCUAUCAGUAACGUUAUUGCUCUAAGGUUUCACUAUUUAUAAAAAAAUACUAAGUAUUUUUUUCAGGGGUAAUAAAUCGCUUCGCUUGAUUUAGAAAAAUCACCAGCGAGGCGUUCAUUUUUCUAACUGAAUAUCGAUCAAAUAUGCAAACUUACCGAGUAACUUUAAUAGGAAUCUCGCGGUUUCCUUUGAGAAAAGAAAUUGGGAAUUUUUCCUUAGAUGACGUCAUAAGGGACGUUUCAAACUGAUUGAAAGCACUUCAGAUUAUAUAUUUCAUGUAAUUGAGGUCUUCAGGUGCUAGAAUUAUCUUGUAUCCCUUGUUAAAUCUAUAGAGUAAUUAUUACUUUGACAUUUGUUCCAAUUGCGAAUAAUAGUGCUCCAUUGGGAACAAAUUUUGAUUGUGUAUUAUGAUUUUAAGCCAUUUGAUAAUCUGUUGUAUUAGAAAAAUAAUGUACAUUUUGUAUGACAUAAUAUCAUUCAUCAUGUCAAACGUUAAAUAAUUUAACGAAUAAAGCGUUAUGUUGAGAAAUUUAAAUGCAAAUUACCAUAAUUGUAUGGUGCUACUAUUAGGAAAUGCAAAAGGCUAUUUAAUUUUAUUAUGUUUGUAUUAGUAUGACAUAUUUAGGGAAUUUAUGAAGUUUUAUAAAUAAUUUUUAAUCUAUGAAUGUUUAGUAUAUUGACAUGUAUUUGUAUAUUAUGUAAUAUUCAUAUAGAGCUCUUAUUAAUCAAAUUUAUAGGGAAUGUUUUUUUUUUUUUAAAUUUGACUGCACAACUUUAGAUGAAUUAUAUCAGCAACACAAUUUAUAUGAGCUAUUUUAACAGUUUUAGGUAAUGUAGUUUAAAUCUAAACAUAAUUUUAAAAGGCUUGUUAUCCUGACACAGAAAGUUCCAAUGUAUAGAUUAAUUUCAAAACUCAUUUCUUUGACGUCCAAUAAAAAAUGUUGGUAGUAAAAUAUGUCAAAAGCUUAGUAUGGAAAUUGUCAUUACUUUAUAUCGUUUUUAUAUAUUGUUUGUGUCAUGGGUUUAAUAGUAAAUUGUGCGAUGAAACUUUCUGAAUCAGUAUAAUUGUUGUAAUUCAAGAAUUAAAUAGUUAUUUGAUGCACCUAUCAUAGAUUGCAAAUUAGUACAAUCACCAUAUCUAGUAUUAUCUAUACUACUGUUCUCUGAAAUAAUAUACUGAUCAAGUAAUUUUUAAUGAAAAAUGUCGUUUGUUAGAAAACCAUUUUCACUAAAAAGCAAAUACUAUACAAAUGAAUGAUGUAUUAGCACGUUGUUAGUUAUAACCCAGUAUACUAUAUUUUUGCCAAGUACCAAACACUUUUUCUACCUUGAGUUUGACAAGAUAUUGAACGUUAACGUUUAAAGCGUCCGUUAAAUGUUUAUGAAAAUCUUACAGCUGGCGGUUAUAAUAAUUAACAUAUAUUUGGCAGGUAAGAGUUUCAACUGUCGUACUCAUGGUAUGGCUACUACGUAAUAUUAUGUUUGACAUAAUAGUGUUGACAGAUUUUUCAUACAAACAUAAACGCAGACGUUAACGUUUAUAUUAUGUUAGGCUCAUAUUAUCUUCCUACUUCAUUCGUUGAUUAUUUUUGUAAGCGUCGCAUUUAUCUAGAACAACUUAUUUUACAAUCAGUUUUAAAUAAGUUUGUACAUAACAGUCAUUUAAUAUGUAUAUAAUUUAUCUAAUUUUAAGUACUCUUAAUGAAGCGUCAAAAAUAAAUAUUUGUUAUUGUUUAGUUGAUUAUUUCAUGUACUGUGACCCAUUGGCCAUAGAGUAAUAAUAAUUAUUGAAAUCAGUGAAAUUAUUUUUUAUAUAAAAUGACUAAGAGGCUUGAAGCAAAAUCACAUAAAUUGACAAUUUUCAUACAAAUUAAUUUAGGGUUGGUGGGUCACGUCUGUCGAAUAAAGAUUUUGUCUCCCAAGGUCGUAUAAUAUGUAAAAUCAAUCUAGUUGAUUAUAUAAAUAAAUUUGAUAGAUUUGAAAUCUGUCAAAUUUAUUUCUAUGAGAUUAGUUGACAGAACUCGGUACUAGAUUGUCUUUUACGUUUGAAAUUGUACCGCGUUACGUAUUUUAAAUAAUGUUUUACAAAAGUACAAUGAGGUGAAACAAACUCAAUCUGUUGUCUAAAUAAUCGAAAAAUAGAAAGACCUGUUUGUUUUUAUUGUUUUCAUUAACCGAUAGUCUUAUUGAUGGGUCAAAUAGAAUAACAGAAAUAAAUUGACGCAAAGUCAUUCGUAUGAGUUGUAUAAAGUCGCGUUUAUAGAAAAUAUGUAAACGAAAUAUUGAGAGAAUAUUGGUACAUAUCAUUUAUGUACAAAAUGGUAUUUAUUAAACGAUUUUUAAAUUCAAUUGACAUUCAAUUAAUAGGUACUGAUUUUAGGAUUAAGACACGUACAGCUGUUGUGAUUUUAGAUGUUAACGUUUCUUAAUAAAGUUGUUUGUUUAGA